AUGACUAUAUAUAUCUGCAAAAGUCUCAUCUCUCUCUCUUUCAAGAACUCUUCACAUCUCAGCAAAACUCGAAUCCCUCUUUUCUCUCUCCUCUUAUUCUCUUCCUCUCCUAGAACCCCCAUUGCCGUGGCCGAUUACUUGCUUAAUAGACACAAAAUUUCUCCUGAAACGGCUUCAAAAGUCUCUUCCUUUGUAAAGUAUCUGAAAAGGCCUGAAGAUACCGAUUCGAUUCUCUCAUUUCUCCAGGAAAGUGGUUUUUCGGAUACCCAUCUCCGGUAUGUCAUCAAAGUCGUCCCUCGGGUUCUCUCUGCAAAUCUGGAGCGCUCCAUCAAACCCAAAUUCAAGAUUUUUCAGGACUUGGGUUUUUCUUCUAGCGAUGUUGUGAAAAUUGUUUCGUCUGACCCACGGAUUCUAGCUUGUAGAGUUGAUAAUCGGCUUAGCCCGUCGAUUUUAGCAUUGAAGAGUGUUUUGGGUUCAAAUAUGGAUGAUGUGUCUAGAUUUUUAAAGAAGUCUGGGUGGUUUUUGAGGUAUGAUUUGGCGAAUACUUUGAUACCCAAUAUUGAAUUUUUGAAGAGUUGUGGUAUUAGUGCGUCGCAAAUAGCUCAAUGUAUGUAUCAUUUUCCAAGAAUUUUCUUGCAUAAACCGACGAGGAUAAGAGAAAUAGUCAAGAGGGUUGAUGAGAUGGGCUUUAACAGGGAGUGUAAGACGUUUCUUCAUGCCAUUCGGGUUAUUAGUUCGAUUUCUAGAGAGAAUUGGGAGUUGAAAUUGGAGCUCUUUAAGAGUUUGGGGUUUUCGGAAGAUGACAUUUUGUCAGUUUUUAGGAGACAGCCUAUGGCAUUUGGUGUGUCAAAGAGGAAAAUUAAGGAGAUAACACAGCUUUUCCUUAGCACGGGCAAAUUUGAUAUCUCAUUUGUUGUUAAUAACCCAAAUUUACUUAUUUACAGUGUUGAAAAUAGGCUUAAACCGCGGCUAAGAGUUCUGGAAGUUUUGGAACGGAGGAAUUUGCUUCUUAAAAAGCCGAAUUUGGCGAAUGCAUGCAGGAUCACUGAUAAGAAGUUCUAUGAGAAUUAUGUGCUCCCUUAUCCAGAUGAAGUUGGCGAAUUAUUUGUGAUUAAGAAGGCCUCAUAG